CUGAAGUAGAUUCUAAUAAAUAUAUUUUUAAUUAUGAUUCAUUUUUCAAGCAAAAUUCCACCCUUCCAAUAAUAGAACCAACAACCCCAACAAACCCAAAUACCUUCUCUUCUCUUCCUUUAAUUCAAACAGAAAAAAGGAAAAUAGAAGAUAAUAAUAAAUAUUUAAAUGGAUUUGCUUUAAAUAAUAAUAAUAAUGAAGAAAUUUCUUCAACAUUUUUACCACAAACUGUUAUACAAACAUCGGCAUUACAAGCUCAACAACAAAUCAAGAAUAAUUCUACAACAACAACAUCAUUACUCCCAACUAACCAGAAAAACAAUAUAAUAACUCAAAACGGUAUUAUUCCUAAUAAUUCAGAAUUACAUCAACAACAACAAAAAACAAAUAAUAAUUCUGAAUUUGAAAAACAAUUUUCUUCUUCUCUAUCACCGCCUCCAUGUUAUCAACAAGCAGCCAAUUCUCUGAGGUUAUCUCCAAUAGCUGGACGUUUAGCGGGAAUACCUAGAUUUCAUUUUCCCAUGGGUAGGCCAAUUGGAAAGGCGGAAAGUGAUGCUAAACUUAGCAGAAUCAAAGAGCUUUUUCAAUCCUUCCCGGACGGCAAAAUAUCUUUUGCUGAUUUUGAUGAACUUUGUAGACGAAUGGAUAUGGCUAUUUAUACUAAGGCAAAAUUUUAUUUUUUAUUUUUUACAAAAAAAACUUAUAAAAUAAGCAAAAAAUUAUAA